GCCUACCGGACCGCGCGCGUCCGACACGGGAGGAGAAGUUGAUCGGCGGAGCCUUUUAUCCUCUCCAGCUUGCUUUGGAUUGCUCUCACUUUACCCGAGAAUUAAAGGCAUUGCUCUGUUUGCAAAGACACCUGUGGAAUAAUGCCGGACACCAAAAAAUUCAUCGAGAACCUCUCUGGAGCAGGGAAGUCCAUUGGCGUCCUGACAAGUGGUGGAGAUGCUCAAGGUAUGAAUGCUGCUGUGAGGGCAGUGGUCAGAAUGGGAAUCUACGUGGGAGCAAAAGUUUAUUUCGUCCAUGAGGGCUACCAGGGCAUGGUGGAUGGAGGUGACAACAUCAAAGAGGCAUCAUGGGAAAGUGUUUCCAGUAUGUUACAAGUGGGUGGCACUGUGAUUGGCAGCGCCCGCUGUAAGGAUUUUCGUACCCAUGAGGGCCGUUUGCGUGCUGCUCUGAACCUGGUGCAGCGUGGCAUCACUAACUUGUGUGUGAUUGGUGGAGAUGGCAGUUUGACCGGGGCUAAUCUCUUCAGGGAGGAGUGGAGUGGACUCUUGGAUGAGCUUGUCCAGUCAGGUCAAAUCAGUGAAGAGGCUGCCCAAACUCAUUCUGCGUUGCAUAUCGUUGGGAUGGUGGGCUCUAUUGACAAUGAUUUCUGUGGGACAGAUAUGACCAUCGGCACGGACUCAGCAUUGCACAGGAUCAUAGAGGUGGUGGACGCCAUAAUGACCACGGCACAAAGCCAUCAGAGGACCUUUGUGCUGGAGGUCAUGGGAAGACACUGUGGGUAUCUAGCAUUAGUCAGUGCUCUUGCAUGUGGAGCUGACUGGGUGCUGAUUCCAGAAAUGCCUCCCAAGGAUGGCUGGGAGGAACAGAUGUGUCAUAAACUAUCAGAGAAUCGUGCUGAUAAGAAAAGGCUUAAUAUCAUCAUAGUAGCUGAAGGUGCAAUAGACCAAAACAACAAGCCCAUAACCACAGAUCUUAUAAAGGACCUGGUGGUACGCUGUUUGGGGUUUGACACACGGGUCACCAUUCUGGGUCACGUCCAGAGAGGAGGAACACCUUCUGCCUUUGACCGGAUUUUGGCGAGUCGUAUGGGAGUGGAAGCCGUGUUGGCCCUGUUAGAAGCGUCUCCUGGUACUCCAGCAUGUGUGGUGUCUCUGUGUGGGAACCAGGCUGUCAGGCUUCCUCUGAUGGAGUGCGUUCAGAUGGCAUAUUUGGGGCUGAUGGAGCUGCAAGCAGCUCGUUCCAAACACGCAGAGCUUUGUGUUCCCAUGGUGAUGGUCCCGGCCACUGUGUCCAACAAUAUCCCCGGCUCAGACCUGAGUAUCGGGGCAGACACGGCCCUCAACGCCAUCACGGACGCCUUUGAGAGUUUGCUGCAGCUGGUCGAUGCCCGCAGCAGGUAUGAGGAGUUCUGUGUGCCCAUGUGCAUGCUGCCCGCCACCAUCAGCAAUAAUGUGUCCGGCACUGACCUCAGCAUUGGCGCUGACACCUCCCUCAAUGCCAUAGUGGAGAUGGGCGGUUACUGUGGUUACCUGGCCACGGUGGGCGGGCUGGCGGCUGGAGCGGAUGCAGCCUAUAUCUAUGAAGAGCCAUUUGACAUCCGAGACCUGCAGUCUAACGUCAAACAUUUAACUGAGAAGAUGAAGACCAGCAUCCAGAGAGGUUUAGUGCUCAGGAAUGAGAACUGCAGUGAGAACUACACCACUGACUUCAUCUACCAGCUGUACAGUGAAGAGGGCAAAGGAGUCUUUGACUGCAGGAAGAACGUCCUGGGACACAUGCAGCAGGGUGGUGCUCCUUCCCCAUUUGACAGAAACUUUGGCACCAAGAUCGCUGCUAAAGCCAUGCAGUGGAUCUCCAAGAAGCUCAAAGAGUUUUACAGAGAAGGCCAUGUGUUUGCGAACUCCGAGGAUUCUGCGUGUUUGUUGGGGAUGCGGCGCAGGGCCCUGGUCUUCCAGCCUGUCAUACAGCUGAAGGAUGAGACGGAUUUUGUUCACAGGAUCCCGAAGGAACAGUGGUGGCUCCGACUGCGUCCACUCAUGAAGAUUCUAGCCAAGUACAAAACCAGCUACGACGUGUCCGAUUCAGGCCAGCUUGAACACAUCGUCCGUCUGAGGGCUAAAGACAUCUCUGCCAUUUAAAAGCAGCAGCCACAUGUAAAAC